AUGUCGACCAAUGUUCGCCAACAUGGUCUACACCUCUCGACGGCGACGUCCUAUGUAUUACUCUUCGUUGCGACCAUGCCGGGUCGGCAGCAAACCUUCGAGUUAAUUCCAACCUCACUGGUGAGGUCAAAUGGCCCAAAACCUCCUAUGACCAGCAAGGCUGCCAAAAAGGCAUACCUCAAGGCGAAUCGAGGUCCUCGAAUCUCUCGAGCCGAGCGACGAAGACUUGAACAAGAGGAGCUGGCAAGGCAGAAGAAGGAGUACGAGAAGGAACGAAAUGCGAGGAAGGCGAGAGCUGCGAGAGAAAAGAAGGCCCAAAAGGAGCGGGAAGAGAGGGAGGCGCGGAAGAAGAUGGGUAUACCAGAGCCAAGCAAGUUCGUAAGAGCGAGUCAACCAACGAUUUCACAUUUCAUUAGAAAUGGUGCCAAGCGAUUACGACAAGACAUGGAGGCAGUAGCAGAGGAGUCAGAUAGCACGGUAAAUGAGGACCAAUACAACGCCGACCCACCGGCAAAACACGCUGCUGUGGACGACAGUUCCGAGGACGAGUUUGGAGAGUUCCCCCCUCUUUCACAAUCCGACCUACCUAAACUGCUUGACACCAUUGGGAGCUCCAUGGAGCCAUUGAAGGAACAAGCAGAGGAGUCACAAGAGCUGCCGCGGAGGAGAGACACUGCCGACGAGGACGAAUAUCCCUUCGAUGACGAGCAUAUGAUUGCGGAGUUAGCAACGACUCAGCUUCUUUCAGAAGUAGCUGAGGCAGCCAGCAGAUCUGAUGGUCCACAGUCUCCCAGAAAAUCGCCAAAUCCACCGAAUAGCGCUCCGCGAUCAGUGGACCAAGAGGAAACUUCAAAGGCGAAUGCGAAAGGGCCCGCGAUACUGAAGCCUCAAGAAACAGGGCGACAAGUAUUACAAGAGCGACCAGUGAACAUCCUACCACAAACGAAAGCAAAAAAGUCUAUAUCCUUUGCAUCUACGCCUCCAAACCGAAUCUUUCCUGCUUCGACAGUCAACAGGACAAACAUGCCCCCUUCAGCAACUCAGGCCUUCCUGGAAAACCACCUCGACGACUUCUUCCCAAGCCCAAGCCAAGAAGUUCGCGAACUGCUGGAAGACAUUGACGACCUUCCAAGCAAUACGCAAAUUGCCAGAGAGCUCAGUCCGAGUAAGCCCGACGAAGAAGAUCCAUUCGCAGGAAUGAUCUUGACGCAGGACUUUGUCCUGUCGUCUCAAGACCUUCGCGAAAUCACCACACCGAGUCAAGCAGCAGCACCGGAACGAGCUGAUGAGUACGCCCCUUCUCCACCUCCCCAUAUUGCUUCAAAAGAGAAGCGUCGCUUCUUUGAAGAGAAGGAGGAGGAUCUCGUACAUGCGGCGAUCCAUGAAAGUAAAGUCACAGCAGAACAGGAGAACCAGCGGAUGAACCCUCCGAAAACAGCGCCGGGGGCGACGAAGAGGACGUUUCAGCGGGUCCUGUCCGCUGCUACGGAUUACGGGGAUGAGGAGUUUAGUGCUGUCGAGGAGGAAUUGUUGGCAUUAUUUUGA